AUGUGUAGCAUACUAAGUCAAAUUAUAAGAAGAACUGUCAGUUCACAAUUAAUAUCUAUCCCACCAAGAAAUAUUAAAUUGAGAUGGCUGCAUAGCAGUAAAGUGCUAUGUAAAAUAACUCCAUUUGAUAUUGAUGCAACCGCUGAUUUGAACGAUGAGUUUAACGAGUUAAAUUCCAUGUAUACCAGCAUGUUUUCAAAAUCUAAUUCGAAUAACAAAGAUGUGCAUAAAGUUAAGACAGAAAAUAGUUUAGUAGAUGAUAUAAAUGAGUUGAACGACGAAUUGAAUGAACUUUGUUCUCCAUAUGAUACCAGAUGUGGAUCUCAAAAUGUACCAAAAAUCAGUGGUGAUGAUUUGAAAACAUUAGUUGAGAACAGUGGACGUUUUAUUAUGAUAAGUUUGUCAAAUAACCCAUACUUUAAUUUAGCAUUAGAAGAUUACAUAUAUAAUAACUCAGGAAAAGCUUCUAGCAUUACCAAAUCGGAUAAUAGAAAUAGUUUUGUCAAUAGUGAAAGGCUAAUGUUCUACAUUAAUGAUAAAUGUGCAGUGAUUGGCAAAAAUCAAACAAUUUGGAAAGAGUUAUUUAUGAAAAAUCUUUAUGACAAUGGAUAUCAGGUACUUAGAAGAUUUUCAGGUGGUGGAGCAGUAAUACAUGAUUUAGGAAAUGUAAAUUAUUCGUUCCUGACGUCUAGAGAGGAUUUUAGAAGAGAGUUCUUUAAUGAAAAUAUAGUAAAGUGGUUACGUGAACAAAAUCCAAAAUUAAAUAUUAAUUUGAAUGAGAGAGGUGAUAUUACUUUAGAUGGUUACAAAGUCAGUGGGAGUGCAUUUAAAAUUGGGAGAGGUAAAUCAUACCACCAUGGUACGAUGCUAAUCAACUCAAGAAUAGAUAAAUUCAAGGGACUCCUAAAACCAGACGAGCUCCCUAAUGUGAAAUGGAAUUGUAAUAGUAUUAACAGUGUAAGGUCAGAAAUAACGAAUUUACCUUUGACAUCAACAAAGCAAUUCAUAGAUAUAUGUAUUGAUGGCUAUAAAACCCAUUUUCAAGAUAGUAAUAUACCAGUUUUGUAUUGUGACGAAAGUGAUACUAUGAAUAUUGAAAUUAGAAAAGUGAUGAAUAAGUUAAUGAGUUAUGAAUGGAAAGCUACAACUGGCCCACCGUUUGAAGUUCAAAUAAACACUAUUGAUACACAACUGACAUUAACGGUUGAGAAGGGAAUAAUAAUCAAGUCAACAAUCCCAAUAUUCAUAGGAAUGCCAUUUCAAGAGUUUUCUCGACUUUCGAAGGCACUUCUACAAACCGAUGUCUAA